ACGCGAGCAAAGCACAACAAGGGCUCCAUGUUGGAUCAGCGUCCUUCCUUCCUUUUCUUCACCCGCCGGGGCCCUAACAUUUCCCCCGCAGCUUUUCUCCUCAAGCUCGGCUCUGAAAGGAUGUAGCGGUACUACCACGCGAGCCACACCCGAUUGCCGCCUUUUGACAACGGUGACGUCAGUGGAGGGAACUGUGACAUGCAGGCUGAGGAAGGAAUAACUGUCCGCGCCACACCGGCAUAAUGUUCACAGUGUCCGAGUUUGCGUCCUUGAAUGACGUACAACCGACGUACCGUAUCCUGAAGCCAUGGUGGGACGUCUUCAUGGACUACCUGAGCCUGGUCAUGCUGAUGCUGGCCAUUUUCGCCAUGACCAUGCAGAUUACCAAAGACCAAGUCGCUUGCCUGCCUUUAUUGGAGGAACCGCGUCAGGUAAAAGACUCCCCCCUCAUUCAUGAAGUUGCAACCGCAGCGGUGUCCACCAUUUCUUUGGACUCCCAAGACAGCAAACAAGCAAACGCAUACAAAAAUUCGCCAUCUGCUUCUGGGAUCAAUACCAAUCUGGACUUUCAGCAGUAUAUGUUUAUCAACCAAAUAUGUUAUCAUCUUGCCUUGCCCUGGUAUUCCAAAUACUUCCCCUACCUCAUCCUCAUCAACACCGUCAUCCUGAUGGUCAGCAGCAACUUCUGGUUCAAAUUUCCUAAGACCAGCUCAAAAAUUGAGCAUUUUGUCUCAAUCCUGGGUCGAUGUUUUGAAUCUCCUUGGACGACAAAGGCUGUGUCCGAAACGGCCUGUGAAGACUCUGAGGAGAACAAGCAUAGGUUGAGCGGCACUUCUUUUGCACAUAAGGCGUCUGUGGAGGGGACGGAGGAUAGUUCAAACGCCCCCGCCAGCUCCACCAUGCCCGAAGGGGUUGUCUCUGCUGAUAUGCCAAUUGCAGAAGCCCCUAUCAUUAUGCCAAUCUUGGAUAAAAAGGACGGAGAGCAGGCCAAAGCCCUGUUCGAGAAAGUGAGGAGGUUCCGCGCUCACGUGGAGGAAGACGAUUUCAUUUACAGGUUUUACGCAGCGCAGACUAUUUUCAAAACGGUCACGUUCAUGACCAUGAUUUCCUACACGUCAAGCUUCUUGAUUCAAAUUGAGUUCAUACACAUCUGUGAGGUGGACGUCAAAGCCUUGGUAGGGUACGAAAGGUUUUUUUGUACGCAAAACAUGGCGUACAUGUUGGACAAGAUGCUCAUUUGCUACAUAGCUCUGAUGAUCCUGUAUGGGAUAGUGUGCCUCUACUCUCUCUUCUGGGUAUUCCGAGGACCUCUGAAGGAGUAUUCCUUUGAGAAGGUCAGGGAAGAGAGCAGCUUUAGUGACAUUCCCGAUGUCAAAAAUGAUUUUGCAUUCCUCUUUCACAUGGUUGACGAAUAUGAUCAGCUCUACUCCAAACGCUUUGGCGUCUUCCUGUCAGAGGUAAGCGAGAACAAGCUGAGGGAGAUUGGCCUCAAUCACGAGUGGACCUUCAAAAAAGCCAGAAAGUGCGUGACUCGUAACGCACAAGACCAGCAGGAGCUGCAUCUUAAGAAUCUCUUUGGUCUACCGAAUGUGGUUUUCGACCUCACAGACUUGGAGGUGCUGAAGCUGGAAAAGAUCCCUGAGGUGAGAUUCUCUGCUAAGGUGUCCCAGAUGACCAGCCUGAGGGAGCUCCAUCUCUACGAGUGUCCGGCCAAAGUGGAGCAGACCGGUUUUGCGUUCCUCAGGGACCAUCUAUACUCUCUGCAUGUCAGCUUCACGGACGUCGCUGAGAUCCCGACAUGGGUCUACUUGCUCAGGAACCUGCGAGAGCUUAACCUCAUCGGGAACUUGAUCUCGGAAGGUAACAGGACGGUUGGUCUGGAGUCUAUGCGGGACUUGAAGCACUUAAAGACGUUACGUCUGAAGAACAACCUCAGCAAAUUACCCACAAACAUUGCAGAUGUGUCGCAGCACCUUAUUAAGUUAGCGGUGCACAAUGACGGCACGAAACUAACGCCGCCCAACGGUCUUAAAAAGAUGAUCAACCUCAUCGAACUAGAGCUGAUUAGUUGCGAGUUGGAGAAGAUUCCUCACUCCAUUUUCAGCUUGAUCAACCUGCAGGAGCUUGAUAUGAAAUCCAACAACAUCCGAUCGAUAGAGGAGACCGUCAGCUUCCAGCACCUCAAGAGGCUAACGUGUCUCAAACUGUGGCACAACAAAAUAAUCGCAAUCCCCUCAUCCAUCGGCCUAGUGAAGUCUUUGGAGUCUCUCCACGUCUCGCACAACAAACUGGAGACCCUGCCCCAGGCCUUGUUCAAGCUCCCUAAACUCCGACAUUUGGAUGUGGACCACAACCUCAUCACGGUCUUUCCGGAGGAUGUGGGUCUCCUGCUGGACCUGCAGCAUCUGGACAUCACUUCCAACAAGCUGGAGGUGUUGCCCAAGAAUUUGUUCAAGUGCACCAAGCUGAGGGUGUUAUGCGUGGGCCACAACGCCCUUACAGACCUGCCAGAAUCCGUGGGUGAGCUGGUUCAGCUCACUCGUCUGGAGUUGAAAGACAACUGUCUCUGCAGGCUGCCUUCACAGCUGGGCAACUGCCGCCGGCUGCGCAGAAGCGGCCUGGUCGUGGAGGACCAACUCUACGAAACGCUACCUCCGGAAGUUAAAGAGAGCAUCGGCCGAGACUACAACCUGGCCAGCACAAGUGUCUUAUAGCACCGUAAAGGGACGGCUUGCGGCAGCUUUGUGGCGAUAAGUAGUCCUUUCACGACCAUUGUUUUUUUUACGAUAGCUACACAAAUUAUUGCACAUUUUAUUAUUUCAAAGGCUUGUUUUUUGAUGCUCAUUGUAUGUAAAAAGAAAAUGAAUGUGCACCUGGUGUUUUAUAACCGUAACAUUGUUAGCUUGAAACCAAACCUGUGUGAAAUCACUUUUAAAAUGUAGAGCCUCUCAGGUAUAUUUAUAUACUGCGUCAUGUUGUUCAGAGUGGGACCCCAAAAAAUAAUUUUGUUCUGCACACACAAUUGAAAAAUGUUUUCCCUUUUUUCACUCCUUAUUUGUCAGGAUUCAGGAUUUGUUUGGUGGCAUCCAUAGCCUAGGAAAGUCAUUUUAGAAUUCACUAAAGACGAAUGUUAUAGAAAUGGUCAUUUAUUUGUACAUUGAGGUCAGUGAACGUCUUCCGUGACUGGCAAAACAUUAGGACUCAAGCGGUAAAAUGUAAACCCAUGUACUAGACGUGUCUUAGAUAAAAGGACUAAUUGUGCUAGAAGAAUGAACUUGAAUGGUAAACCUGUACGCCUUUUAUGUCUUUUCAGUGUCUGUUUAUAUGUAUUGUUGGUCGAUGUAUUCUUCAGAGCUGCUAACAAGUUCAAAUCUUUUACGGCUCAAUAAAAUACUUUCCAUGAUUA